AUGCCAGUGAUGACUCCACGCUGUGCUGGAGUAACACCAUCUGCGUGCCGGGCAGGUGCCGGGGUGCUUCCAGAUCACACACGGGGAGAACAGCCCCAGCCUGGCAGACGGAGAAGGGUUUGCGUGAAUGGAGAAUGCUACAGACAGAACUGCUACACAGAAAGCAUGUGCUCUCUAAAGGGAAAUCGGGAACCCUUAGGGACUGCUGGGACCAGUACUGCCUUGCGGGAUGCAGCUGUGUGCUCAGCCCCAUCCCAUCACAUGGAGGGGGAGUGGAAUCCCCACGAGUGCUAUCAGUGUGUUACUGCCAAUGAGGCAAUCCCACAGAUUGAAUUCCCUUGUCUCUCCGAGGUAGGAGCUUUUCUUAUUCCCUAUAUUCUCUUCCUAAUCAUUGCUGGAAUGCCCCUGUUCUAUAUGGAAUUAGCACUGGGACAGUAUAACCGAGAAGGGGCUGCCACUGUGUGGAAAAUCUGUCCAGUUUUCAAAGGUGUAGGCUAUGCAGUGAUACUCAUAGCUCUUUACGUGGGUUUCUACUACAACGUUAUCAUAGCUUGGUCUCUGUAUUAUCUGUUUUCAUCAUUCACAUUUGAGCUCCCCUGGACAAACUGCGACAACAGUUGGAACAGCCCAAACUGUACAGAUCCCAAACUCUUCAAUGCAUCAGCGCUUGGCGAUGGUACCAAAUACUCGAAGUACAAGCUCACUCCUGCAGCUGAAUUCUAUGAGCGAGGAGUUCUGCACCUGCAUGAAAGCCGUGGAAUCCAUGACCUUGGCUUGCCUCGCUGGCAACUUUCCCUCUGCCUCUUGGUGGUGGUAAUCAUUCUUUUCUUUAGUCUGUGGAAAGGCGUGAAGACUUCAGGAAAGGUUGUUUGGAUAACAGCCACUUUGCCUUAUGUUGUAUUAUUUGUCUUGUUAAUACAUGGAAUAACCCUGCCAGGUGCAUACAAUGGAAUCAAUGCAUACCUGCACAUAGAUUUCAGAAGAUUAAAAGAAGCCACAGUGUGGAUUGACGCAGCUACUCAGAUAUUUUACUCCUUAGGAGCCGGAUUUGGUGUUUUAAUUGCAUUUGCCAGUUACAAUAAGUUUGACAACAACUGUUACAGAGACGCUUUGCUGACUAGUACCAUUAACUGUGUCACAAGCUUCAUCUCAGGAUUCGCAAUUUUCUCCAUAUUGGGCUACAUGGCUCACGAGCACAAAGUUAAAAUUGAGGAUGUAGCCACUGAAGGAGCUGGGUUAGUUUUCAUCCUGUAUCCAGAGGCAAUUUCAACUCUUUCAGGAUCUACAUUUUGGGCUGUGGUAUUCUUCAUCAUGCUCCUUACUCUUGGCAUUGACAGUUCUAUGGGUGGAAUGGAGGCUGUCAUCACCGGCUUGGCAGAUGAUUUCCAAAUUCUGAAGCAGCAUAGAAAGCUCUUCACCUUUGGUGUUUCUUUUGGCACUUUCCUACUUGCCCUUUUAUGCAUCACCAAUGGUGGAAUUUAUGUACUCACGCUUCUGGACACGUUUGCAGCUGGGACUUCAAUACUGUUUGCUGUUCUAAUGGAGGCCAUUGGAGUUUCCUGGUUUUAUGGUGUGGACAGAUUCAGUGAAGAUAUCCAACAAAUGAUGGGCUUCAAGCCAGGCCUCUACUGGAGAUUGUGCUGGAAAUUCGUUAGCCCUGCUUUUUUAUUGUUUGUCGUGAUAGUCAGCAUAAUAAAUUUCAAACCUUUGACCUACGAUGACUACACCUUCCCUCUCUGGGCAAAUCGCAUUGGCUGGGGAAUAGCAUUAUCUUCAAUGACACUUGUGCCUGCCUAUAUUAUCUAUAAAUUUAUGAAUGUGCGUGGGACCUUUAAAGAAAGACUAGCUUACUGCAUCACACCUGAAAAUGAGCACCAACUCGUGGCCCAAGGAAAUGUCAGGCAGUUUAAGCUUCAACACUGGCUAACAAUAUGACAACCAACAGGUUGAGGAAAAAGCCAAUAUGUUAAGCUAAACUGAGAAUACAGAAAAGGCAAGUUCAAAGCUCCCUCGAUUAUGCUUGGACCAGGCUGGCUCAGAGCUUAUCUACUGACUCUUUGAGGGAAGACAUCUGCUCUCUGUUCUCAAUGCCUCCCUUCUAUUACUUGGCUUCAAACGAUCUUUAAAGACUCAGAUUAAUUUUUCUUACAUCCUUCGGUGCUUUUUUCGACCAAAACUUGUGAGUUUUGCUAUUGGCAGAAGUGGAGGAGGGGGGAGCAGAGAGAAAAGCAAUCAACAUAAGUUAAAUGCUCCUUUAUUGUGAAGAAGUGAAUUAAACUUUUCUGACAGUAAUAACUACUUCAGAUAUUAAUGCCACGGCCUAUUUUAAACCAACACCUGACUGUUCUUAGAUCUAAGCAAAGAGUAUAUCAAUUAUGAGGAAAGAGCAAUUUUAACUAUGUAUUGAAGUCAUUAGCUUUCUUGCCAUACUAUCCUUUGGGAUAUGAGUUUGCAUCCUUCUGAAGUGAAGACUCAGUGCUUCAUUUCAGUGGUCUGUUAUUAGUUUCUUCUCUUGAUGAAGAAGGUUGUCUUUGCUGUAUAUGUCCAUGCCGUUUUCUGUCCAGUUUAAUUACACAAGCUGAAGACCAGCAGGAAAACAAUUCCUGCUAUAGCUACAAAGUACAGAAUACCACGCUGUACUUAAUGAAAAAUAUAUUCCCUUAUAUUAACAAUUGAAACAGCUUUAUCAUA